UUGGGCCAAGAAGGUGGUACUGGGUACAGUGAAUCGGUUCAGCUCAGGAGGCAUGGGUAAAGAAAGGCCCAGGGCUGGUCAGAAGUGAAAGAGAAAGGCCAAGAGUGUAAGGCCCAAGAGACGGGAGCCAAAGGAAAAGACCUACAGGCCGGCCGGCAGCGAGGGACAAAAAAAGAAACCCGAAGAGUGUCAAGUAACAAGCAGUGGAAAGAGAAGGGGAACUGUGGAAAGAGAAGGGCGGAGUGCUGGACAGAGGCUCAGGCUGCCCGACCAGGCCAGGGAGGAGGUUUAAGGCCACCCCAGCCUCAGAGCUCCGCAGCCACAAUGGGAGGCCCAGGAGUGUGCCCAAGGCUUUGUGGUGGCAGAGCCAGGUUUGGUGUGUUCAUCUCUGUGGUUAACACAUUCUGAGGUGUGAGCAAGUCUGGAUCGAGGCUCUGCAGAACUAGAGAGCAGGAAGCCUGCUGUCUGUAAGAAAGAAUGGACGAGGACACUGUUUCUUGGGGUCCUGAAAUCCUGAGGCUAACAUGUGUGAGGAAGAGCCUAGAGUUCCAGAAGGACUUCCCCAAAGGACACUUUUGAAUAAGCGUCUUCUCCAGGACCACUGCAGCACCCCCCAAUCCAGUCAUAGAGAGACGGGCUAUUCCCCAAUGUGUGUCCUGCCCAGCAGCCUGGGAGCACUCUGGAAAAUACUUAUACAAGCAAGGUCAUUAAGUUGAUGAUGAUCAUUUCCUCAGAGGAGCACAAAUUGAAGUAAUCCCUUGCAAGAUCUGCGGGGAUAAGUCAUCUGGGAUCCACUACGGAGUUAUCACCUGCGAGGGGUGCAAGGGCUUCUUCCGCCGCAGCCAGCAGUGUAAUGUGGCCUACUCCUGCACCCGUCAGCAGAACUGCCCCAUCGACCGCACCAGCCGUAACCGAUGCCAACAUUGCCGCCUGCAGAAGUGCCUGGCUCUGGGCAUGUCCCGAGAUGCUGUUAAGUUUGGCCGAAUGUCCAAGAAGCAGAGGGACAGUCUGCAUGCAGAAGUGCAAAAACAAUUGCAGCAGCAGCAGCAGCAGCAGCAACAGCAACAGCAAGUGGCCAAGACUCCUCCAGCAGGAAGCCAUGGAGCAGACGCCCUUACAUACACUUUGGGGCUCCCAGAUGGACAGCUACCACUGGGCGCCUCACCUGACCUGCCUGAGGCCUCUGCUUGUCCCCCUGGCCUCCUGAGAGCCUCAGGCUCUGGGCCACCAUAUUCCAACAACUUGACCAAAGCAGAGGUCCAGGGAGCCUCCUGCCAUCUUGAAUACAGCCCAGAUCGAGGCAAAGCCGAAGGCAGAGACAGCGUCUAUAGCACAGACAGACAGCUUACUUCUGGAAGACGCGAACUUCAUUUUGAGGGAUCCAGGCAUCCUGAGCUCGGGGAACCAGAGCAGGGUCCCGACAGUCACUGCAGUCCCAGUUUCUGCAGUGCCCCAGAGGCACCAUACGCCUCUCUGACAGACAUAGAGUACCUGGUACAGAACGUCUGCAAGUCCUACCGAGAGACAUGCCAGCUGCGACUGGAGGACCUGCUACGGCAGCGCACCAACCUCUUCUCCAGGGAGGAGGUGACCAGCUACCAGAGGAAGUCGAUGUGGGAAAUGUGGGAACGCUGUGCCCACCACCUCACUGAGGCCAUUCAGUAUGUGGUGGAGUUUGCCAAGCGACUCUCCGGCUUCAUGGAGCUCUGCCAGAAUGAUCAGAUCAUACUACUGAAAGCAGCCUUCUCCCCUUAUCCAGGAGCAAUGGAAGUUGUGCUUGUCAGGAUGUGCCGGGCCUACAACGCUGACAACCACACAGUCUUUUUUGAAGGCAAAUACGGUGGCGUGGAGCUGUUCCGAGCCUUGGGCUGCAGCGAGCUCAUCAGCUCCAUAUUCGACUUUUCUCACUUCCUCAGUGCCUUGCGUUUUUCUGAGGAUGAAAUUGCCCUCUACACGGCCCUGGUUCUCAUCAAUGCCAACCGGCCUGGGCUCCAAGAGAAAAGAAGAGUGGAGCAUCUGCAAUACAAUUUGGAGCUGGCCUUCCAUCAUCAUCUCUGCAAGACUCAUCGCCAAGGCCUCCUAGCCAAGCUGCCACCCAAAGGGAAGCUCCGGAGCCUGUGCAGCCAACAUGUGGAAAAGCUGCAGAUCUUCCAGCAUCUCCACCCCAUCGUGGUCCAAGCCGCCUUCCCUCCACUGUAUAAGGAACUGUUCAGCACGGAUGUCGAGUCCCCCGAGGGGCUCACCAAGUGACCUAGAGGAAAAGACAACUUUCUGUUUCCUUCAGCCCAGUUGCCAGCUGUCUCCCUGGACUCCAUUCCCUCAGCCUCCCCUUUCCUGUGCUCUCUGGAGGAAGGUCUCCCUAGGAGUGAGCAAAUGCUAACACUGGUUUUUCUGCCCCCAGGCUUGCCUGGCAGAACAACAGUAGCAGGCGAUGAAGAAAAGGCUCCUUAUGUUUGAUUUUCCAUAAAUUCCACCCUGGCUUCUGGAAGGUGUGGGGUAGAUGGGACAUAAAGGCUUGUAGGGUGACCAAGUCAAACUGAAAUCAAACAAACUAACCAACGGGGGAUAAAUCCAGGUACUGGGAUGAAGAGAACUCAAUCCUAGGCUCAAAAGCUAACAGCAGUCCUUUGAAUACCUCAUUGUGUUUCCCCGUGGGCUCUGGCUGGGGGAGACGGAUCUCGCUCAAGACUGGUGGUAGCAGGCAGCCAGAAGGACCUGUACAUAGCAAGAAUCCAGAACCUUGAGAUUUUCUGCCUUCCUCCUUCUUAGUUCAGUAAAGAAGUUGUUGGCCAUCUGA